AUAAUGGCAAAAUCAAACUUUCCGCGCGGUGGAGAUGGAACAACUUCCGCAGUCGACGCUUCCGAUCCUGACGAUCCGUGAUUCUGUGCUCUUCCCAGGCGCGUACAUGCGCAUUGCCGUCGGACGCGAGAGCAGCCUUCGCUUAGUUCAAGAUUCCCUCUGGGACGCGUUCCACCGAUCCCUCGACUCGGCGCAGAUCAAGCCUGUGCUGCUUGGCGUGUUCACGGAGCACGGCUUGAAAGAGAAUCACACGCUCGGCCAAGUAGGCACCGUGGCGCGCAUUAUCCAGCUUCAGCGGUCGCGAUCGAACCAGACGUUUGAUUACUCGAUGCUGAUCCAAGCGUUAGCGCGCGUGAGCAUCGUCGAGGUGACGCAGUCGGACCCGUUUCUCGAAGCGACGGUGCAGUUAGAAAAAGACACCUUCGACGGCAAGACCAAGGUUCCGUUGCAGCAGCUCAUUUCCCAAGUGUCGUCGGGGCUGUCCCUCGGAAAGUCCAUGCAGCUGAUCGCGCCGCGCGUCCAAAACGACCCGAACAUUGCGUCGAAACUGAGCGUGUGGUUGGACAUGCUGGCGGCGCAUAUCCAAGCGUCUGCGGCUGAGAAGCAAAUGGUGCUCAACGCCAUCAACGUCAUUCAUCGCUUGGAGCUGUUGUGGGCGAUGCUACAACACCACAAGGGCAAGGGGGCGGGACAACGCUUGACGAUCAAACCACAGCCCAUGACUGCCGCCGCCGCCCUCCGCGACACUGACGACAACGCCAAGGCGAAUGACGACGACGACGACGUCCGGUCGCUGGAGAAGAAGAUUCUGGCGCUGAAGCCGCACUUGUCGGACGAAACCUUCCACAUGGCGAUCCGCGAACACCGCCGCCUCAAGCGCAUGAACGCCAACCAGCCCGAGCACCACGUGAUCUUGACGUACUUGGAAUUCUUUUGCGCGCUGCCGUGGGCCAACGCCGACACGGACGCCGAGUCCAUUUCUUCUUCACCAUCGCCAUCUUCGCUCGACUUGAGCGCCGUCCAAGCGCAGCUCAACAAGGAUCACUACGGUAUGCAAAAGGUCAAGUCACGGCUCGUCGAGUACAUGGCCGUGCGCAACUUGACCAUGCACAACCCGAAAACGCGCACCAAGGGGCUCAUCCUGUGCCUCGUGGGGCCGCCUGGCGUCGGCAAGACGAGCCUCGCGCAGUCGAUCGCGACCGCCACGAACCGGACGCUCCAGCGCCUGGCGCUCGGCGGGGUCUCGGACGAGAGCGAGAUCCGCGGCCACCGCAAGACGUACAUUGGCGCCAUGCCAGGCAACGUGCUCGUGGCGCUGCAGCGCGCCGGCGUGUCCAACCCGCUGAUUGUGCUAGAUGAGAUCGACAAGCUCGGCGUCAAGGGGCACUCGGCCAACAACGCCGUCGCCCACGCGCUGCUCGAAGUGCUGGACCCGCACCAAAAUGAUUCGUUCAAGGACCACUACCUGAACGUCCCGUUCGACUUGAGCCGCGUGAUGUUUGUCGCAACCGCGAACUCGCUCGACACGAUUCCGCGGCCGCUCUUGGAUCGGAUGGAAAUUGUCCAUAUUGAAGGCUACACGACCGUGGAAAAGCUGGCGAUCGCAGAGCAGUACAUUGUGCCGCGGCAAGUGACGGACCACGGGCUCACGGCGGCGCCGCUCGAGUUUACAACCGACGCGCUGGAGUAUGUGAUUUCGCAUUAUACACGGGAGGCGGGGGUUCGGGAUCUGCAGCGAAAGGUAACCUCGUUUUGGCUGUGUGUGUUUCAUCCUAUAGUGUGGCUGAGAUAAUGGAUGAGGGGGGGGAUUGAUUGCAUGUUUAGAUUGGAUCGAUCUGUCGACAUGUAGCAGUGCAAGUAGUGAAUGGACAACCCCCCGUGGAAGUGAUUGGCGUCGAGAUGGUGCAAGACGUGCUCGGCCAAGAAACGGUGCGCAAUGACGUGGCGUUGCGAGCGGGCGUCCCGGGGGUGUCGACAGGGCUCGCGUGGAGCAGUGCGGGCGGGUCCAUUUUGUUUGUCGAAGCGUCUGCCGUGACCUCCACGAGCAGCCGCGACGCGUCCGCCCCUGUUCCCAUCCAGCUCACGCUGACUGGAACCCUGGGCGAGUGCAUGAAAGAGUCGGCGCAGUUGGCCGUCACGUGGCUCAAAGUGCACUUGCCGGCGCUACACCCCGUGGAUUUCACCGCCGUGAACGAGUUCCAUGUCCAUUUCCCCGAAGGCGCGACCCCGAAAGACGGACCGUCCGCCGGCGUCGCCAUUGUGUGUGCAUUGGUGUCGGUGGUGACCCAGUUGGUGGUGCCCGUGGACUUGGCCAUGACGGGCGAAAUCACGUUGCGCGGCGUGGUCCUGCCUGUGGGGGGUAUCACGCAAAAGGUGCAUGCGGCCGCCCGCGCCGGCAUCUCGCGGGUGCUGCUGCCGCUGGCUAACCGAAAAGACGGCGACUCGGUGCACGCGAGUGUGCCGUCGGUCGAGUUGAUCUAUGUGCAGACGAUUGCGGACGUGCUCCAAAUUGUAUUUGGGCUGCCAACGCAUUCCAAGGAUGAUGCUAAAAUUGUGACCAGUAGUAGUACUAGUAGUAGCCCCAGGCGCACGAGUCGGUUGUAAUAUAUAUAUACAUGGAAAGGGUGGUGGA